AUGCCGACAAUCUCACCCUCUCCUCCUACCCCGCUCAUUCAGAAGUCGCGCCUGAUCUCCUCUAUCGCAGAGCUGGAGGAGACUGUGAAGGAGACUCAGGCUGCUGCCGACCUCAUCGAGACAGAAAUCGCCUACAAGGACGCUGAGAUCGAUGGCUUGAAACGGGACAGGAUCAGCCACUCAGGCUCCACGAAGCGCUUCGACGACGCUAUCACACAAAUCCGAGUCAAAAUCCAGCAGCUUUGCGACAAGUUCGAUGAAACGAUCGACACAUUAGCUGCCCUCAGAGACAGGCUGGAGAAGAAGAAGGCCAAGCUCGCUGCAAUUGCCCCUGUCGAGUCCACCGACGCCCCUGAUCCCAAGGACGACGAAGAGGCAGCGGCACUACUCGAGAUCACAAGCACUCCGUGGGAACAAGUUUUCGUCACAAGCGACGACGGCAAGACUUUCGUCAGGCCGGCUAUGCUUCGGGGUGUCCCAUCCACACCCAUCACCGAAGACGGUCCGUACUGGGUGCCUACAUGGACAAAAUUCGUCGACGCCAUGGACGCAGAUCGCCUCCAGCGCCAAUACGAAGACGACAUUGAUGAGAGGCACGAGAGAAUGCUGCAUGGCCCUCUCACAGACGAGGAAAAGGAGGACUUCGACAAGCGUGACAGGAGGUACUAUCGACUGGCCAAUGAGUUGAGGGUGGUCAAAAGAUGGUUUUGCCCUGGAAAGACGAUGCAUCCAAACCAGAUGAUGGCUAAGGAGCACAUGCCCGCUGAGGGUAUUUGCCAGUCGCACAACCUGUACCAAAUCUGCAACGUCCUCAAUCGUCUCCAGGCUUUGCAUGUCCGAGGCGAGCUGGCUAUGGAGCCGCUCUACUUCCUCCUUUGGCGUAUGAGUGUCAUCUUCGAACGGGGACCGCAUACGGGAGCCAAAUCUUUCUGCAGGUCUAUCGUUGAAGAGGGCCAUCACUCUCUCGAUCCGGUUAUGCGACAAGCCAUUAUCCGCGGCGCUCAGCAUACCAACGACUACAACUUUUAUGGCCGCAAGCUGGACAGAAUUGGAGGCCAACCGCUUUCCAGAACAUCUCACGUACUGCUAUCGACUUCGACAGGGGAACAACACGGAGCUGGAACCACUUCUGAGCCAUCAACCGCAACUCCCUCAGGGCUUCGUGGGCCUCGGCUGACAUCUGCAUCAGAAACAUAUGCACCGCAAACCCCAGACACGCCGUCGCCUCGUUCGCGCCGGACUCCGACCAAGAAGCGGGUUCAGACAACUGCCCCGGAGCAAGGCCGACGCAAAAGACGAAAGUCUUCGACAACUAUUCGUCAACGCACACCCGAAGACGAAGUGAUCGUCGUGGACGACUUCACUCCUCCCAAGAAGAUGCGACGACUCGAGUUCAUAAUCCCUUUGCGCCCCAGAUCUUCUGUCGAAACUGGCUUCUUCCUCGACGAGGGCAGCAGUUUCCACGACCGCGAAGACCUCAAGCACAUCCGAAGCAUCUGA